AUCCGCCUCGGCUCGGAGAACUGGGCUGGCUCGGGAACUACAAGGCUAGAUAGACAACUUUUGUUUUAGACUUUAUCUUUCCAUAUGGACCGAUCGGCAUCGCUGGACAUUGAGGCGCUAAAGAUGCCUCAGGAGCAGUACAUUCUGGCAUCUCAGCCCAACCCCCUCCAGAGACCGGGCUGUGCCACUGUGUACCCAGUGGGGAUUUAUGGUUGGCGAAAGCGCUGCCUCUAUUUCUUCAUUCUCCUACUCCUUGUCACUAUGAUCGUCAACCUAGCCUUGACCAUAUGGAUCCUAAAGGUCAUGAACUUCACCGUGGAUGGCAUGGGCAGUCUUCGUGUAACCAAAGAGGGCAUCAGAUUAGAGGGAGUUUCGGAGUUCCUACUUCCGCUUUAUGUGAAAGAAAUUAAAUCAAGACGGGACAGUCCUUUGAUCCUACAGUCAGACCGCAAUGUGACUGUAAAUGCACGAAAUAACCUUGGCCAGCUGACAGGACAGCUCACUGUGGGUGCAGAGAUGGUAGAGGCCAAGUGUCAGCAGUUUGAGGUGAGGAGUAGUGAUGGAGAGAGAGUUCUCUUCUCUGCUGAUGAGGAGGAGAUCAGUAUUGGCACAGAUAAACUGAGAAUCACAGGCAAUGAAGGAGUUGUGUUUAGUCAUUCAGUGGAGACGCCACAUGUUCGAGCUGAACCAUUCCAAGACCUGAAGCUAGAGUCCCCGACAAGGACACUGACAUUGGAGGCCCCUAAAGGUGUUGAAGUGAAUGCAGGAGUUGGGGAAUUCAAAGCUUCCUGUAGGAAAGACCUCACUUUAGAGUCAUCUGAAGGAGAGAUCUUUCUAAAUUCAAACUCAAUCCGUCUCGGAAAUAUUCCACAUGGGAGUGUGGACCUUUUGCUUGGUCCAGGGACCACGUACCCCAAACAGACUGUGUACGAGGUGUGUGUAUGUCCCAGCGGGAAGCUCUAUUUGUCCCCUGCAGAGAGCUCUUCUACCUGCCAGACUACCAACAGUGUGUGUCUCUGGAGCUGA